AAAGCUUAUCAAAUAUGUAAUUGCCUGAUUCUUGCUUUAUUUUUAUUGGAAGUCUGGCUGCUUGAGCAGUUCUAUCCACAUUUCCACACAUACUACUGUACUUCGCUGCUUUAAACUAAGUUAGAACACAAAAGUGCUGUUCCUGGAUCAUACCUAAGAAUUUUAUAGUUCUGCCUGAAAACUCAUCAGCUGGUGGGUUUGAGCCCUCUCUCAAUUGUUGCUCUCCAGCUGUGGUUCUUCAGAAGUGUGGAUGAGCUAAGAAUUUUAUUUGCUUUUUUGUUAGGUAUUCAUCAUGCUCUACAAAUUGAUAAGUAAGAAAGGCAGAAUUUAAACAUUAAAAAAAACUUAAAAGAGUGGGGGAAGCUGAUAGUUUUAUCUAUUUAGGUUUAAAGAAAUCCUUGUGUGUUCAGCCAUGCUUAUGAUAUUAGAUUACUGGCCUUCUGUCUGACAGGUUCCUUAUAUCUAUCACCUAUUUGGCAAACAAACCCAAGAUGGUUCUUUCCGUGCUGCUGUGUUGAAACUGGCUGGUACAGAUGAAUGAGAGUUUUGUUUAGUUUGCUCUUCUAGUAAGAACGUAAGACCAUUUCACAGUUUCUUCAUCCAUAGGCUGGAAGGCAUUUGAUUUUUUUAAAAAAGAAAACAGUUUGGUUCCGCUUUAUUUAGAGAGCCCUCGCUUCAGAUAUAGGAGAUAGGAUCUGAGUACAAUCACCGGUAUUCUAUCUGCAAACUGUUUGGAUAGCAUUUUUUUCCUUUAAGAAAACAACCAAAACUCACCUUUUAUCUUACAAUAGACUCUAUUUAAUAGUGGUUUACUCUGUAAAUAAUGCCACCAGUCGAAGGAGGCAAAGUAGAAACACCAUAUUGUAAUUGCAUAUGAACAGACGCUUCUCCUUCCCAAUAAAAAAAAUAAGGACAUUUUCCCAGGCGGUGGGAUCAGCCCAAGACAACUGGAAAAAGUUUGGAAACGGAUGCCAAACAUACAGCUUCAAUGUCACAGAGGCUGCAAAAUCGAGGUCCGGAGGGCAGCCAAGCACUCUUUGCGCUGCGCGUGGGAUUGGGGUUCCACUCCACCCUGCGUUCUCCCAGGUGAGGUUUUGGUGCCUCGGUGGAAGGUGCCUGCCUGGACGCUCCCAGCACCUGAGGGUCGAUGACGCACCGCAAAGGGCACCAAGUUCUUGAUCAAAGUCUCGCCUGCAUUUCCCGCUGAAACAUAUCAAAUCCCCGGUAUCCCUCCUCGUCCCAUUCCCGGCCACCCCUUCCUGAUCUGCCUGCCCGAAUGGCUUCCCGAGCCAGAGGACAGCCGAGGAACAGAAGCCGGCAACGGGAUCGGCGGUUUCCCAGCGGCCAGAAGACGCUAACUUUAAUUGGGGUUAUGGAGGAAACGGAGUCGUGAGCGGUAGCCACGGCGCAGAAGGAAGCUUUCAGGCUAGGAGUAAGGAAGCAAAGUAGCCGCAAGGCGCACUGGCUGGUUGUAAACUGCCACCGCCGAGCGGUCCCCACGGCGUGUGUGUGUGUGUGUGUGUUGGCAGGCUAUUGGCUGAAGGUAGCUUGACGUCACAAGUGAGAGUUCCUAUAAACUCCCUAAACAUAACGGGCUCCGGACAAGUUCCAGCCGGCAAGGGUUACUCCGAGGUGCGCGGGAGGUGAUCAAAGCGAAGCGAGCCUGAGGAUAGGACGCGACAAAACGCUGUUCAGACUGCUGACUGCAUGAGGCGCACCAUCGCGUCCACCCUCCGGUUCCCUUGCCAAGCCCGGCUCUUGUCUUCCAGCGGGCCAGUAGCAUCUGGGAGCGGAGUUCCUGCAAAGGUUAAGUGGACGGGGACUUUGGAACUGUCGAGCCGACGAAAGCAAGCAGAGCGCGGCAGCGCCUUCGCCGAGCGCCCCGGCGGGAUUGGCUCCUAUUCAGGAUCGGCCGGGGCCGAGAAAAAGAGCGAAGCUUGUUUCGAGGGCUACUGGCACAAUGGUGACGCUGAGCCCCGUCGAUUCGGUGCACCUCACGCUGAGCGCUAACGGCAGUAACAGGCAGAGCCCGGACAAUUCCAGCGCGUCGGGAGAAGGCUGGGUGGUGGGCAUGUCCAUUCUCAUGUCUUUGAUCGUCCUGGCCAUCCUCUUUGGCAACGUGUUGGUGAUCACGGCCAUCGCCAAAUUCCAGAGGCUGCAGACGGUCACUAACUAUUUCAUCACUUCUUUGGCAUGUGCGGAUCUCCUGAUGGGCCUGGGAGUGGUCCCUUUCGGAGCCAGCUACAUCAUUCAGCGCACCUGGAAGUUUGGGAGUUUCUGGUGUGAGUUUUGGAUCUCAAUUGACAUCCUCUGCGUGACAGCCAGCAUUGAGACGCUGUGUGUCAUUGCUGUGGACAGGUACUUUGCCAUCACUUCUCCUUUCAAGUAUCAGAGCCUUUUGACCAAAAAUAAAGCCAGGAUGGUCAUCCUCUUGGUUUGGAUCAUUUCAAUCUUGACUUCCUUCUUACCUAUCCAGAUGGAGUGGUACAGAGCCAAAGGGCUGGAGGCCAAGUAUUGCUAUUCGAAUGAGAGCUGCUGUGACUUCUUCACCAACCGGGAGUAUGCUAUUGCUUCCUCUGUCAUCUCCUUCUAUGUACCUUUGGUGGUCAUGGUUUUCGUCUAUGCCAGAGUCUUCCAGGUUGCUAAGAAGCAGCUAAAAAAAAUAGACAAAUGUGAAGGACGAUUUCAUCAGCAAAAUUCCAACCAGGAGCGAAACGCGGGAAAAGGAAACCAUAGGAAAGCAUCAAAGUUUUGCUUGAAAGAGCACAAAGCUCUCAAAACUCUGGGCAUUAUCAUGGGUACUUUCACUCUGUGUUGGCUCCCAUUUUUCAUUGUCCACAUUGUGCGUGUUAUUGAAGAGACCUUGAUUUCCAAAAAUGUGUAUAUCUUUUUGAACUGGGUGGGAUAUGUCAAUUCUGCUUUCAACCCUUUAAUUUACUGCCGAAGCCCAGACUUCAGGUAUGCUUUCCAGGAGAUCCUGUGUUUCCGGAGGUCUGCCUUGAAAAUGUACGUCAACGGAUAUUCCAAUAGCAAUGGGAAAACGGACUACAAUGGGGAUCACAAUGACUAUCAUGCAAGUGAACACAAGACUGGCCAAUGGCUGUGUGAAGAAGGAAGUCCCCCUACUGGGGAAGAGUUUGUGCAUUGCAAAGAAAUCCCUGGGUGUCCUGGAAUGGUUGAAAGUUGAAUGGAGAAAGAACUCCUCACCCUUUGCAGAAGCUUGUGAAGAGACGAGUCCAAGUUCAGCCAUAUUUCUGUCAGGAUGGGAGAACUACACAUUCCUUCAAAGAAGGACAAAGGAAUGAGCAGAAUGGAGUAAACCAAGACUCCAGAUUGUGAAACAUGAGGAAUCUGCAGCGAAUGAAUCAUUCUGGGACCCAACUAGGAGAAACCAAAUUCAUCGUGCGAAAGUACUGCUUGAGAUUGGAUUGGGAGAACCUUCAUAGUGCAAUAAUGAAAACGUUUCAUGGAGCUGAAUCAUACGAGUUUUCAGAAGCUGGGGAAGAGUUAAAACAAUCUUUCACAACCCCACAGGAAAUCUCAAGGAACUGAAAGUUUGGGAAUAUGCUUUCCCGUAUUAUUCUUAGACUACUAAUAAGAAGGACACAUAAGAUCAGGCUUUUUAGCUAGCGGAUUGUUAGGAUUGGAACCAGAUCUUAGUGCAGCCCAUGAUAAUCACAAGUUUAGGAAAACAAAAAAUAGCCCUGGAACUCGUAAACAGGGAAGCACUAUUAAAAUGGGUUUACAAUGCAUUCUCAAACUAGUUUCUAUUAUUGCAAGUCUUUAAAAAGCCAAGUUGUACCGCAUAGUUUCAAAAACAUUACUCAACUUUUAUUAACUUUUUAACUAACUUUUAUUCAGCAUUUGCGGAAUCAGUUUUCAGUGACAAAGACAUCUGUCCAUUUUCCUUUAAAGAAUAACUGAAAAAGGACAUGGUUGGAAGACACUCUUCUCUUUUCUAUAUGUAUAAAUGUUAUCUCUUUCUCAUACAUUUCUCUCUACUUUUAAAAAACCAAACAAUCUCUCUCUCUCUCUCUCUCUCUCUCACACACACACACACACACACACACACACACUCCUUUCCUUUCCUUUCCUUUCCUUUCCUUUCCUUGCCUUGCCUUGCCUUGCCUUGCCUUGCCUUGCCUUGCCUUGCCUUGCCUUGCCUUGCCUCUUUCCCUUUCCCUUCCAAAUUGCUUUAAAAAGGGAACAGACUCAAUACAAAAUGGAGUAAAACAGUGGAUCACCAGAGAAAGUAGUGAGAAGUACAAAUUGGUUAAUGGAAAGACCUCAAGGCAAAAGAGAACCCUCAAAACUCUGAUUUUCUACCAGCCUUCAUUACUAUACAUUAGGAAUUUUGAGAUGUAAAACAUUUGAUUUCAAAUGUAAAGUGUUUCAGCCUUGAAAGUAAUUCUCAGCUUUAAAAAUGCAGAAGAAAAGGUUCUUACUCUUGAUUAUUUGACGUUUAUUUUAUGAGAUGAUAGUAAGGAACCCACUGUCAGGCCUUCCCCUGCCAGCCAGCUCAAUUGUGCAGUUGAUCAAUGAAAUAGGCAGCAAGGACUUCCUAUUUCUCCCCAAUGCCCUUUUUGCAACUGAGAGCCACAUGCCCCUCAUUGGCCAUGACUAGCUUAUCUGUGAUUUUUAAAAAAUGCCUGAUGCUCUUCUAUGGAUGAGUCAAGUUUGUGAAAGUAGUUUCCCAUCUCUUCUACAUGGAUUUCAUGUUCAGUGUUGUUGUACAGAAUUCUUCACCUCUUCUGAUUUAAGAGAAGGAAUUCCUGUUCUGUAAACUCCAAGAAAGCUAUCCGUCUGCACAGAAGUUUUGGUUGACCAGUGAUUGUAUUGUAGUUUGCACUCAAGGAUAGUAUGCACAUGUGAACCUCUAUGCAUGAUCUGUUUUAGAUCCUGCAUCUUUAAAUAUUAUGUAAGAAGAGGGAAUGGAAAAAAUUGGACUCUGCCUGGCUUUCUUUUUCUUUUUUGCUGUGAAGUUGAGAUACAAUGGGCUUCCAUCAGUGCUGCUCUCCAGUUGUGAAAUGUAUUUAUUUAUUUAUUAGCUGAUUGUAUUGUAAGAGCAACUUGCAGAAUUUGUCUGGUUUCUUAGGGUUCCUCUCUAAGGAGAGACAAUGAUGAAACCCAUAGGAAGACACUGGCUCAACCAAAAUAAAAAUGAAUCUAUUG